CUGGAUGACAGAACAGCCAAUAAGAUGCUGUGGAUAUCAGAGGGCGGGGUCAAGGUGACUCGCAGGACUGAGGAGGUGUGUCCUGUCUUGGACAGACCAGAGAGAUAUGAACAAGAUCCACAGGUGGUGAGCAAGGAGGGUGUCUGGAACAGGAGGAUCUACUGGGAGGUGGAGUACACAGGCUGGGUGGUCAUCGGAGCCACCUACAAAGGAGCAGGGAGGAGGGCCAACUGUGGGUCUUGCGGGUUGGGGGAGAAUGAGGAGUCUUGGGACCUGGGUUGGUCUGGAUCCUGCUACCAAGUGUGGUUAAACGGCAAAGGCGAGGACAUUCGCAAUGUUCCCCGCUGUUCCACUCUGGGGGUCUACAUAGACCAGCCCACUGCCAUCGUGAACUUCUACCUGGUUAGUGCUGAGACGGAGGGAGAAGAGAAAGAGGUCAGGCUGUUGCACAGUAUCCAGACUCCCCUGAAAGAGAAGAUUCUGCCAAGCUUCUGGGUAGGGAUGCAGUCUUCAUGCACCAUAGUGAAGAAACCAGAAUGAUGACGUCUGAGGUACCUACAUUUAAGAGAGUUAUAAUUGUGAUAUGCAAAUAUAUAUAUAUAUAUUUUAUAACUGACCAGGAAAAGCUGAGCAAGGUUAUUGUAGGCAUGUAUCUCACUUGAGACAAAUUAAUACAUAAAGAAAGUGAAAGGAACAGGCUCCUCAAACAAGGCACAUACCGAGGGAGGAUUCAUCAGUACAACCAGAUGGAGUAUUUAAAUGUAUUUACAUGCAUACUGCAGAUCAAGAGAAUGCAGGUUCAAAUCCCACUAAAAUGUAUGUUGCUCUGGAGAUAAGCAUCUAUCUAAAUAAUUAAAAGUUGGGAUUUAUGAUUUGUUGCAUGUUGUGGGGAAAAUGCCUCUAAGCUCUUGAUGGACAUAUAUACAUUUCCUAUCUGUUUGUUUGCUGUAUACAUUGUAUAUAUGUAAUGUUUGUUUGAUUCUUUCUGUGGACAUGUGAAAUAAAAUAUGAAUUUCUA